AUGCAAGGCUUGAAUAGACAGGAAGAGAUGGCUAAAGGAAGAUUGCAUAUUUCUAUUCAAAGAAAGCCCUUUCUUUUGAGUAUCUUUAGUGAGCCUAUAGAUGGAGACCCUACAGAGCCCGUAAACUCCCGAUUUAGACAUGAAAAUAGGCCAUUCCGGACCUUUUACUCAUGGAACGAGAAGACCGAUGCCACUAUCGCCUCUUGGCUUUGCUUUCAUAUAAUCUAUUCGACUGGAAGGAAGGUUAUACGACUUUUUGACUUUGCAAGAGUAGUUUCAUCGGUGGAAGGGAGGGAGAAGGUUUGGAACACCAAUUCCUCUCAUGAAAAGACUAACUUCCCAGGAAAAGAGAUGCUUCCUUCCUCUUACUUCCUUUAUUCGAUGCGGCUAUUCAUCUAG